AUGAAUAAUACAUCUGCAGAAUUUAUUCGUGUUUAUAUUAUUUCUCGUUAUUUUUAUUUAAUUAUUUUUGUUAUUGGUAUGUUGGGUAAUAUAUUUAAUUUAGUUGUUUUUUGCCGAAAAAAAUUUCGUUCAAAUUCAUGUUCUUUAUAUUUUAUUGCUUAUUCAAUUAAUAAUUUUAUGAAUUUAACAAUUGGUUUAUUACUUUGGUCAUUAACUCUUGGUUUUCAUUACGAUUGGGAAUAUAAAAUAUUGAUUUAUUGUAAAAUUCGUCGAUAUUUUACACAUGUCAAUUUUCUUCUAUCAUCCUGUUUAUUAACAAUGGCAUCAAUAAAUCGUUAUGCACGUGUACGUCAAGCUCAAUUAACAGAAAAUCGUGAUAAAUAUAUAUUAUUUUGUAAACGUCGAACAACCUAUAUUAUUAUAAUUUCAAUAAUUAUCUUUUGUCUAAUUGCUAAUAUACAUAUACCAAUAUUUUUUGAACUUCAUCAUGGUGCAUGUUAUGCACGUGAUGGUACUUAUCAUCUUUUAUUUGAUAUUUUUUUUCUUAUUUUCUAUGCAAUCUUACCACCGUUAUCCAUGAUUAUAAUUAAUAUAGUAACUGUUAUACAAAUUAGACGUAUUAAAAGAUUAGUUCAUCCAACCGUAUCACGUCGUGAAUAUCAUCUUAUUCUUCUUGUUAUUACACAUAGUGUUUCCAAUGCCAUUUUUACAUUACCAUUUACAAUUAAUAAAUUUAUCUAUUAUAUGUGUAAGAAUAGAAUUACAGAAGAAAAUAAUCAACUUGCUUUUACAAUAACAUUAUUAAUUGCAUUUAUGAAUCCGGGUUUAUCAUUUUUUCUAUAUACAUUAACAACACCAUCUUUUCGAGAUGAAUUUAUUCGAGCUUGUAGAGAUGUUUUGAAAAAAAUAAAGUUAUAUCUUAGCCAUAGAAAUGCAAUUAAUAAUCAAACACAACAACCUAUUAGAGAUGAUUCCAUUUUUUCAUUAUCGAUGGUAUCACAAAGGAUAAACUCAACAUCAUCAGUAUCAUCAGACCAAAGUUAA